AUGCCCCUUUUACCUUCGUCGACGGCCGAUCAUAACGCCCGUUACGAUCUCUCCCCCCUCUCCACAGUUAUUCCUGUGUACCCUCCUUUUCGUGUCCGCUUUUGGAGACCCGAUAAGGAUAAAGAAAGAAGCGCCGCUAAGCCACCCCCGAGUCAAUACGCUCCGCCAGCAACCUCUUACGGGGUUCCCGUAAUUGGAUCCACUUACAACGUACCCUCUGAUUCCUACGGUGCUCCACCGCCGCCACAACCCCCAUCCUCCUCCUACGGCGCCCCAUCCUUCUCCUACGGCGCCCCAUCGGCUCCAUCCUCCUCUCACGGCGCCCCAUCCUCCAGCUAUGGCGCUCCAUCCUCCAGUUACGGUGCCCCAUCGGCUCCAUCCUCCAGCUACGGCGCCCCAUCGGCUCCAUCCUCCAGCUACGGCGCCCAUCGAUUAAGAUUGAGAUGA